UUAAACACAUUUCUUUUAAUAAUUACGAAUUUCCGAACUCUUAAGCAGGGACUUCCCAGGAGAGCUUGAACACAUAAAUCAUCUUUCAGUUUUUGCGCGCAGCUCUUUCUAUCUUCCUCAAUGACAAGGUAUGCAACGGGUUAAGGAGCGGGGCUUCAGAGUCCUCUUGUUCGCCACGAUGAACAAAUGAACUCUUGGGGAAUGAAAUUUAAAUUCCAUAAAGGAGAAAAAGUUCUCUGUUUUGAACCUGACCCAUCCAAGGCCAAGGUGCUCUACGAUGCAAAGGUUGUUGACAUCGCAACAGUAAAAGAUGAGAAGGGGAAAAGGGUCCCAAAGUAUCUGAUUCAUUUCAAUGGUUGGAAUAGAAGUUGGGAUCGAUGGGCUGCAGAGGAUCAUGUGCUCAGAGAUUCUGAAAAUAAUCGCAAAUUACAACGUAAACUGGCACGAAAAGCUUUGGCUCGCAUGAGGAAAAAGGGAUGGAAGAAACGACGCUGUCGUCUGCCAGGUGUUAACCCAAUCUUGAAGUCCCUCACUGAAGAGGAAAAGGAGAAGAGUGAUGAUGCUUCUUUGAUUUCGCCAUUUGAUGAUAGUGACAAAGACAUUUCAGACCAGGAGUCCUUAAAAAGUGAAAGUGCCUCAUCGGAAGAAAUUAACAGUAUGAAAUUGCAACUCGAGUUGAAGAACGCGGUGGUCACGCCAGUGCGACUGCUCACAAAAUUUACUCGCACCAGCAGAAAAAAUGGUCGCAGUCUUGGAGCCCUGCUGUAA